CAGAGUCCAGGCCCCGCCUUCGCCCGGUACCCUCGACCCUCAGCCAGGCGGCUACUAGAACCAACUCCGGUCCAGCAGACUCCAACCUCCACCCGAAAGCGAGAGAGAGAGCGACAUGGCGGCAGCAGAUAAGGCCGAGAACCUCUCGCUGGUGGUGCACGGACCCGGGGACAUUCGCUUGGAGAACUAUCCAAUCCCUGAGCCAGGCCCAAAUGAGGUGCUGCUGAAGAUGCAUUCUGUUGGAAUCUGUGGCUCAGACGUCCACUACUGGCAGCAUGGCCGAAUUGGAGAUUUUGUUGUGAAAAAACCAAUGGUGCUGGGGCAUGAAGCUGCAGGAACAGUUGUAAAAUUGGGGUCAUCGGUAAAGCACCUAAAACCAGGUGAUCGUGUUGCCAUUGAGCCUGGUUAUCCCCGAGAAACAGAUGAAUUCUGCAAGAUUGGCCGAUACAAUCUGACACCAUCUAUUUUCUUCUGUGCCACACCCCCGGAUGAUGGGAAUCUUUGCCGGUUCUAUAAGCACAAUGCUGACUUCUGCUACAAGCUUCCUGAUGGUGUCACCUUUGAGGAAGGGGCCUUGAUUGAGCCACUCUCUGUUGGAAUCUAUGCCUGCCGGCGAGGAGGAAUCUCUUUAGGGAACAAGGUCCUUGUUUGUGGAGCUGGGCCAAUUGGGCUGGUCAGUUUGCUUGUGGCCAAGGCAAUGGGAGCAGCUCAAGUAGUGGUGACUGAUCUAUCUGCACCUCGGUUGUCCAAAGCCAAGGAAGUCGGAGCUGAUUUCAUUCUCCAGAUCGCUAAGGAGAGCCCUAAGGAAGUUGCCAGUAAAGUGGAGGAGCUGUUGGGGUGCAAGCCAGAUGUCACCAUCGAGUGCACAGGGGUGGAGUCCUCGGUCCAAACAGGCAUCUAUGCUACUGCUUCUGGUGGAACACUGGUGAUCGUGGGGAUGGGCUCUGAGAUGAUCAGUAUACCCCUAGUGCAUGCAGCCGCCCGGGAGGUGGAUAUCAAGGGCGUGUUUCGAUACUGCAACACGUGGCCGAUGGCGAUUUCAAUGCUUGCAUCCAAGACUAUGAAUGUAAAACCCUUAGUCACCCACAGGUUUCCUCUGGAGAAAGCUGUGGAGGCCUUUGAAACAUCCAAAAAGGGAGUGGGGUUGAAAGUCAUGAUCAAGUGUGACCCCAAUGACCAGAAUCCCUGAUGUGAAUUGGGCUAUGCCCUCAUCCCACCCUCAGCAUCUCAGGGCUUAAUGACUGGGCCAGGGUGGGCCUUGAUGCCAAACUUUCUUUUGAAUGAUAAGAUUAAUUAAUGGAAUUUAUUAUAAGCAGAGAGCCUUGUAGAGGAGUUGGUGUACCUUAAAAAUGCAAGUACGGGUUGUUUGGGGGAACUGGUACAUAGAAUGACCUGCUUGUGCUGAGCAAAGUCCAGCAGGUAGAGCAGAAUUUGUCAGGCAUGCACUGGGAGCUCCCCUUUUCCCUUCUUCUUUGGGUGGGGAGACAAAUCUUGCCGUUGGUUUCCUGGUUCCUCUGUGACUGGCCAGGGAAUGGGGCUGAAUUAUGAAGAGACAAUUUCAUGAAGACUUAACUGGCUCUGGGGCUGAUUUUCAGGGUCUGGGAUGAGGGGAUGCCAGUUGUAGUUCAAAGCAGUGUUUCUAGAGUGAAGUGAUAAUUGGUUUGAUGAUAAAAAGAGAAUGAGAAAAGGGAUUUAACUUCCUGGGUCCAGAAACCAGGAAUGAAACCAAUCAAAUGAAUAAAACCAAGACCGCAUAUGAGGUCACACCAUCUUGCAUUCCCCAAAAUGUGGAAAGAGUGAGGGCACAUCUUAAGCCUGCUUGAAGAUCACCCCUUCUUCAACUCCUGAGAAUUCUGUCAUUCCAUUUACAAGGCAGAUAGCCACCUUCCCAACACUCCCCAGCCCACCUGAAGCAAGGUCCUUGUUGCUAGGCAACCAGGAGAUACCCAUCUGAGGACAGAUGCUGUCUAGCUCAUUGGUCAGCCACCUGCGGGCUUGACAUCCCCACCCCAAAGGAUUAACAUCUGCUCCUAGGCUCCCUCACUGAUGAUUGUUAGACAGUUACGUGCAAUUCUGGUCAUUGUAGACAGAAAUCCCUGCUCACAACCAGUGAAGGCUCUUAGUACCUUCCUGUCUGUUGGAAGGAUGUUUCUGACCUGUUUUAUUUUAAUCAUGAGGUUUUUCUAUUUAAUAUUUGAACCUUGAUCAUACCCUUUGUGACUUUGAGAUGAUGAAUCAAGAGCAAGGAUGUAGUAGCUGUGACAUAACUUGGGCUGCAGCCUUUGCUCCUCACUUCAGCUGUGGGUAGAGGGUGAGUUUGAUGAGACUCUGGCUGCUUAGACUUCUUAUAAUGGGGAAGGCCAUGGCCAGUACCUGAAAUUCCUCGAACUGCUUGGGACAAUAAAUUCUCUUGCUGGUAUCUGACUCCUGCUGCCGUUUA